ACUUACUCUAUGGUCCUAACCACUCCGAAAAACAACUACGCAUCUCACAUAUUUUUAUUCAGGAAAUAUGGUGCUGAAAUUGUUUGAAGAGUAGGUUAACCAUUUAAAACGUGGUUGUGUAUUAUGCCGAAACAUAUUGAAUGAAAUUGUUAAGACUCCAAGUUGCGUCUAGAAACUUGGGUAUGCAAAUAGAAAAUGCCAGAUAAAAAAGAUGCUGGUGUGACAUACCAAAGGUGGAGAGCUGCCUGUAGGAAACAGCUGAGUUGUAACUAGAGCAUGCUGAGACGCACAAGAAUCAAAGCCGUGGCAAACCUGCCCGUGCGUCGUGCAAAAGACGUGGCUGCUGGCAAUGCAGAGUCCACUCCGACAGACACUACAGAUAAACCAGAACCUGCUCAAAGCGAGGAUGAUCAUGCUGAAAUGCAUGAUGUGCCUGCGAUCGUUUUGCUUCCAAGUGAUAGUGCAUCGCCAUCCAUAUCUUCAGCAAACCAAGGUGAAGCUGUGUUCGAAAACCAUUCCAGCAUUUAUCCUGGGUGUGUUGUUGAACCCAAAAGAUCGAUAAAUCUUGAAGUUACACCCUCUGUACAUAAAAUCUGUGAUUUGGAAAACGAUGAUUCUCUCCAUAAAAAUCUAUCUUUAGAAGGCGCAGCUGAAGUUUCUCAAGAUAUCUCGAGUCCGUGCCUCUCGUUGGACACACUGUCACCGGACAAAAAUGACAGCCAGGCACUAGAUGAGGGACGACCGGAACAAAGUUUGGGGACGGGAAGUGACAUGUCGUCCGGGUCGAGCGUGGCGGGGGGCUCGGUGUCGAGGUCAAGAUAUGCACGGUGCAUCCCGAGGCUGCCUUCACGCAAGGAUGGGUCGGGAAGCACGUCAAGCAGUGGCAAGGAGACUGAAGAUAGACACAGGGCGGUGAAGCCAACGCUACCACAGCUCUCCCCGGCACGAGGUGACCGGUCGCUGGAGCAACGCAAGCUCUCGACAAGCACGCCCCAUUCUAACGAGGAACUGAGCAGCAAGCCCGUGCGGUUGAAGAAGGUGCACAGAAAAGUACAUAGCUCGAUAACAGUCCGGCUCAGCAAGGCUAGACAAGAGUUUGUCUCAAAGUACAAAGAUGAAAGACCGGAUAGAAGUCGUCUUACGAUGUUCGAUCUCAUUUACUACAACCCAGUUACGAACCCAAUGAAACAGCGUAAACAGCACAAAUCUUUAAUGCAACUGGAAGAUAAUGAAUUGGAAAACCAACGCAUAGAUGAAGAAGACGUUGAUGCAGGUGUCAGUAAUGAUAAUGAAGAAACUUCCUUGCCAGUUCCUCAAGUUAGGUUGGGUGCUGAUGGACAGCUCAUCAUAGACGAAACAAGUUUGGUGAUUGAAACCACAGAUACAAUAAAAAGUAAACAAAUCCUGGCCAGCUCUUCUGUGGUUGUGGAAGGUGGCGAAGGCUCAUCCAGUUACCUUGCGUACAACAGGAAAGUUAAGUCUCGUAGGUCCACAACAUGGACUAAAACAGAUACAUUACGUUUUUAUGUGGGCCUUAAGACGUUUGGUACUGAUUUCCUCUUGAUGCAGUCAAUAUUUCCUCAGUUCUCAAGACAGGAACUAAAGCUGAAGUUCAGAUCAGAGGAACGCCUCAAUAAAGAACUAGUGCAGGAAACACUGCGUCAACAGCACUUUGAUCCAGAACGAAUGAAGAGAGAUUUAAGUAUGUUGGAAGAGAAAGAACUAAAACUAUUGCAGGAGAAGACUACAGUAAAGAAAAAAGAAUAUGUACGAGUUAAAAAAUCUAACACAAAAUCCAGAACCAAAAUCGAGAGAACUGGUAAGGCUGCAUGGAGAGUUGAUGUUGGCGAAAGGUUUGAAGAGAGGUCUAGUGUUGGACCCCCAGAGGAUUCUCUGGAUGAAGCAGAAGUGGACAGUGUGUGGGACAGGAGUGAAAGAAAUGAGAAUGCAGAAGAUACCACUAGUGUCAGCUCUGGCAAAGAAAUUGUGGAUGCCAACGAGUUAAGAAACGUUGCUGAUGGAGUCGUGAUAAACCCGAGCACCAAGGUAACUAGGCUUGACACGGAGAGCAGGGCAUGUGAAGACAGUCCUUCUGGAAAACAAAAGAAUAUAAAAGGUAAAUCUAGGAGACAAAGUGGACAAGGAAGAAAAAGAAAAGUCAGACAGCUGACGUACGAUGAAGAAACUUGUGAGACCAAAGAAAUUUACAGUACGGAAAAGUACACCAAGAGAGUAUACGUGGCAUUUUCGGACACUUCAGACUCAUCAAGGGAUAAGUCCGAUGUAGACGAAGAGGUGUGCAGCAUAGUGAAUGCACUAAAAGAGAAAGUUGCAAGUGGUAGCAUAAGUGUUGAAAGUUUCCGUGAUGAAAUACAGAGGCAGUACGUGGAGAAGGAGCCGGUGAUAUUGGAAAAUGAGCUUCGCAGGCUGGUGGGGAGCAAGAGGGAAGAUGGAGCGGCAGGGAGUAGCAGUGAACCAAUGGAAGGCCAGGUCCCAACCCCAGCACCUGCCCCGGGUUCCUUGUUCAUUGUGUCGACUGUUUCUCCAGCAGAUCCCAGCCACACUAUUUACAAAGUGUUCAUGGUGACUCCCCCUGAGCAAACACAAAUCCCGUAAGCAGGCUGUUAACUGUGCAAUACAACCUUGUAGCCAUGAAAUGUAUGUUGAACCGCAUAAAGAUUAUUUAUUCUAUAUAAUUUGGUUAGAACACAAUAAAAUACUGAUUGUACAUAAAAUAUGAGCUAUUUAAGGUAAUUAAGGUAAUUAAAAGAAUAUUAUAUUAAAGUAUCCACACAGAAAACCAACACAUGAAUAGAAGCCCUCCAAAUUUUACUGUGUGGUAGCUUCCUUCGGAAUGUUCCUAAUUUUUUUUUGUGUGUUUCUGUGUGUUUUUUUAUAAUUUCCUCUAAAUAAUUAUAUUUAUUUUUAUUUGCAUUUUGUACUAUUUUGUAAAGUACCUUUCAUUAAAACAGUCUGCAGAA